AUGUUGGCUAGGGUUUGUAGUAGAUCGGAAUCUUCUGCUACUGCUUAUGCGAGAUUGUUCAGUACGAGAUUGGGUAAUCGUCGCGGCGGCGCCAAGAAAAGUAGUAAGGUUGAGAAGAGUAAGCCUUCUUUGAGCGGAGGAACAUUUGGAGGGGAGAGUUUGAAAUUGAGGAGUGGGUCUCAUUAUAUCAAAUGCUUAGACGAUGCCAUUGAUUUGUUUGAUGAUAUGGUUCGAUCUCAUCCCUUUCCUUCCCCAAUUGAUUUCAGUAAAGUAAUUGGUGUCGUCGUGAAGAUGGAACGGCCCGAUGUUGCGAUUUCUCUCUAUCAGAAGAUGGGAAUGCGGCGGAUUCCUUUUGAUAUCUACAGCUUCAAUAUUUUGAUGAAAUGUUUCUGCGACUGCCACAAGUUGUCAUUUGCUUUGUCUACUUUUGGAAAGAUCACUAAACUUGGUUUCCAUCCUGAUGUUGUUACGUUUAACACGCUGCUCCACGGGUUAUGCCUCCAAGAUAGGAUCUCUGAAGCCGUAGCUUUAUUUGAUCAUAUGGUUGAAACAAGAUUCACACCCAGUGUUGUUACGUUUAACACGCUAAUCCACGGGUUAUGCCUUCAAGAUAGGAUCUCUGAAGCCGUGGCUUUAUAUGAUCAUAUGGUUGAAACAAGAUUAACACCCGAUGUCGUGACCUUCAACAUACUCAUGAACGGUCUUUGUAUGGAGGGUCGAGUUCUCGAAGCAACGGCUCUGCUUGAUCGGAUGGUUGAAGAAGGUCAUGAACCUAACGAGGUCACUUACGGAACAAUUGUAAACGGAUUGUGUAUGAUGGAAUAG